AUGGCUGAAUCCCCAAAUCCCAAAUCCCAGCCUCUUGUGUGGUCACAGUCCCUCCCUGCUGUCCUAUACUACUAUUCUACAAGUACACGUGUGAUUUUUGUGGUCGAUAGUAACGACAGAGAACGGAUCAGUGAGGCCCAAGAAGAACUAACCAGAUUGUUAAUGGAGUAUGAGCUCAUGGAUGCAGUCUUGUUGGUGUUUGCAAAUAAACAGGAUGUUCCCAAUGCUAUGAGCACAGCAGAAAUAACAGACAAGCUUGGCUUACAGUCCGUCCGCCGGAGAAACUGGCAUAUUCAGGCUACCAGCGCCACCAGUGGAGACGGGCUUUACAAAGGCCUGGACUGGCUCUCCAACCAGCUUAAGAACCAGAAGUGACUGGAAGCAAUUCAUUCCUGUGCAUCGUGGCAAAACCAGCUGCUUGUGUGUGUGCAAGGAGCAAGUGUGGAUGUGUGGCUGGGCGUGGGGCAGCUUUCUCACACUGUGCCUUGUAUCUGCUAUAAGAAAUCCAGUGUUACAUUUUAAGAAAAACCAGCGUUACAUUUUGUACACUACCUCCUAUUUCAGUAGCCUUGAUGAUCAUCUCUACAGUUGAUGGAGGAAUCCUGAGGGCUGUCGGGUGCACAGGAGCCAGAGUGACCUUCAUGGUAGAAAGGAGAAGGGUUGCUGGCAUGAGGACCAAGUUCAGUUGUGAAGCCCUGGACCUGGCGUCUCUGCAUACUCAGGACCCUGUUAGACUUUAGAGUCUACGAAAAGGGAGGAACUGGCAUUCUUUCCCAUCACUGCCAGAGCUAGAUGCUCACUAUUCAGUGCUUUCAAGCAAAAGGCUCUUGCUUACCACAGGUUUGAAGUUCAGAUUGGAACUUUUCCCUUCAGCUGCAGCCUAGCCCAGACUUCCUGGUGUAACAUACUUUAUUUCAAGGAGUCAGUGAUCUUUUUCACUAGAGUAUCCAGACUACAUGAACACUAGAGAAUUAUCCAGUCCUCCCUUUGUGCUAGUUCCUUCCUUGAUUUGCAUUUUUUUUUUUUUUUUUGGCCAAAAUGGAGACCAUUUUGGGUAGUAACCCAGCAUGAGGCUAAAGCUCUUUGCUGGGGCCACAGUCGAGUGAAGGGUCUGGAAAAGAAAGCAAGGUGACAGUCAUGUUUGUGUCCUUGCAUCACCCUCUCAGGUUUCAGGCUCCUGAGGCUGCUGCUCUCGCUUCUCUGCUCUGUGCUGAAUGUUCUACGCUCUCAAAGCAGGAGGUUAUGAAUGAAUCAUCACCAUGUACAGUAUCUCAAUCCAACUUCCGGUUUGGGCUAACACCUGUGAGUCAUGAGAGUUUGUGAGAGAAUCAAGAGGUUAAUUUGGGGGACAACAUUUCCCCCAGCCCCUGGUAUCUAUUGCCUCUGAGUUGGUGCAAAAUUUCGCCCUCUUGGUAAUGUCUAGCCUACACCACUGUCCAUGGUACUGACGCCCUCUUCUGGAUGGUGGUAAUGUCUUACAUGGAAACAUGCUUUAUGUUGUCAAAAUGUUAAUGAAACUGGCCUGGAGAUGGGCUAGGUCAGUGAUGGCGAACCUAUGACACGUGUGUCAGAGGUGACACGCGAACUCAUUUUUUUGG